AUGAGGUUUUCCACGGCCCUCUUUACUUCGGCAUUUACUGCCUUCACCUCAACUGCUGUGGCAGAAGAGUCUUUCCAGCAGUGGUGGCACAGAACUGCGGAAGCUGUUGGUGAGCCUCUACUUGUUUCUGGUCUCGUUACUCGAGGAUUUGCUAAACGCUAUGUAGCUGUCUUUCCCAAUGUCACUGGAUGGGAAGUAGCCGUCAACGAGCUCAUGACAUCCGACACCAAGAUUACCUUUAACGCUAAGGAGCUCGACUUAGAGGGUCUCAAGAAAUACUGGAGCACUAUCCCUCCAAUUAUCGAGAGUGACUAUGAAUACUUGGUCCUCACCAUGGACGAUGCUGUGGCUCUGCCUGCUGAGGAGGGACGGGGUGGCAAUGCAUACAUGACUGGCACGGAAGUAGGUCUGCGCAAAGGCGCGGAGAAGACUGUGACUGCAAGGCAGGCGCUCUACGCUGUCUUUGGAGAUGACAGGAAGGCUACUGAGUGGCAUGAAGUCGUGAACGAGUUAAAGUGA